UCUUCUCUAACUGGCUAAACAGCUGUCUUCUUCGCCCUUCAUCUCUCUCGUUCUGGUAACAUGACUUCACUGUUAACACUACCUUCAACAUUUUCCCGCCUAAAUUUAGUCCCGAAAUCUUUAAUAAUAAUUCCCUUCGCAUUUAAAUCUCUCAAUUUACUAAAAUCCCACAAGCAACAGCGAGCAAGAUCCUUGAAUUCUCCUCGCCUUUCUUCACUCAAUUCUUUAACAACUCAUUUCUCCACUUCGAGAAGUUCCGUUUCGCCCAAACCCUUUCAUGAUGAUUUGGUUGUUCUGGGCAUCGAAACGAGUUGCGAUGACACAGCAGCGGCUGUCGUGAGAGGCAAUGGCGAAAUUCUCAGCCAAGUUGUGUCUUCUCAGGCAGAUUUGCUAGCUCGAUAUGGAGGCGUUGCACCUAAAAUGGCUGAAGAAGCACACUCACAAGUCAUUGAUCAGGUUGUGCAAGAAGCACUUGAUAAAGCUGGUUUGACUGGAAGGGACCUAUCUGCCGUUGCUGUUACUAUUGGACCUGGUUUAAGUCUUUGCCUUCGCGUUGGUGUGCAGAAAGCUAGGAGAGUUGCUGGCAGCUUCAAUCUACCAAUAAUCAGUGUACAUCACAUGGAGGCUCAUGCUUUAGUAGCCCGGCUGAUUGAAAAGGAGUUGCAAUUUCCUUUCAUGGCACUGCUUAUAUCAGGAGGACACAAUCUUUUAGUUCUUGCUCAUGAUCUUGGCCAAUACACUCAACUUGGGACAACUAUAGAUGAUGCAAUUGGUGAGGCCUUUGACAAGACAGCAAAAUGGCUUGGCCUUGAUAUGAGGAAGAGUGGUGGGCCAGCUGUUGAGCAACUUGCUCGAGAGGGUGAUGCAGAAUCAGUUAGAUUCUCAACUCCAAUGAAACAGCAUAAAGAUUGCAAUUUCUCAUAUGCUGGUCUAAAGACCCAAGUGAGGCUAGCAAUUGCAUCCAGAAAUAUUGAUGCUAAGGUUCCCAUUUCAUGCGCAAGUAGACAAGACAGGAGUUCCCGAGCUGAUAUUGCGGCCUCUUUUCAGCGAGUUGCAGUAUUACACCUAGAAGAAAGGUGUGAACGAGCAAUUAAAUGGGCAUUGAAGAUUGAGCCUUCCAUAAAGCAUCUGGUAGUAUCUGGAGGUGUAGCAUCAAAUCAAUAUGUCAGGGCCCGAUUGGAUCAGAUUGUUAAGAAGUAUAGUCUGCAGCUUGUCUGUCCCCCUCCCAAACUUUGCACUGACAAUGGUGUGAUGAUUGCUUGGACUGGCAUCGAAAACUUUCGUGUUGGAAGAUAUGAUCCUCCACCGCCCGCCAAUGAUCCAGAAGAUUUCAUGUAUGAUUUGCGGCCAAGGUGGCCAUUAGGGGAGGAAUAUGCAGCAGGCAGAAGCGAGGCUCGCUCUUUGAGAAGGGCCCGGGUUCAUCCAUCACUUACAUCUCUCGUACAAGCCUCCCUGCAACAACAAUGAUGAGGGUGUGCACGUGCAAAAGCAUCUCAGAGCUUACAUCUCCAUUCUGUUGAUCUUCAUGGAGAUCCUUGAAUAGUCUAAAUGUCAUAAUGAUCAUUUAGCUUAAAUAUCUGAUGGUUAAAGGAGGUCGUGGCUCAAGUGCAGAAUAUGAAAAGGGCAUCGAACAUAUUCAUGACAGCCACAGGCAAAAGCAAUUAUAAAGGGCAUGUUGCCUCAGUACUUGAUAUAAAAUCUUAUGAGCUUUGCACGGUAUCUUUGUUGAGUUUUUAUGAUUUACAUGUAGAUAAUAUUUUUUUUCUAUAAAUUUACUUUUUUAA